UAUAGUCAUUUUCUCGCUGAUCACUAAACGUGAUAUCACCAGGUUGGAUUUUUCACCAUUUCUUCUACCUCUCAUUCAAAUUUCAUCUCAUUUUUAUUUUAAAAUUUCACUUAAGCAUUCUUGGUUUCGCGGUUAUAAUUGGAAUGGUUUUGAUACUUUUUGGAUUUUUUGCUGUCAUUUGGACAAUGAUUUUCCAUACCCGAACUCUUUAUCUAAUCUAUGCAGGUAUUGGCACCCUCGUUUUUAUGCUAUAUUUGGCUAUUGAUAUUAAAUUUAUUAUGGGAGGACAUAAUUAUGUAAUCGAACCAAAGGAAUAUAUUUUUGCUGUUAUUAUGCUUUUGGACAUUGUUCAAAUUUUUCGGUUCAUUCCUUCUCUUUUUGGUCAUAGAUCGGUUGGUUUUUUAUGA